AUGAACGGUUAAAUUCUCGAGGAAAAGUAAGAUCAACUCAAGCAGAGUUUGCUAUAGAAAGAUAAGAGCCAAAACUUCUAUCAAGAUAAGUCAGAGCUCUAGAAAACAACAUUACCUUUGAUGUUCGCAGUGGGAGUAUCUAAUGUGCUUUACACCAAUCUACAUUCUUUCUAUCCGCUUUAUAUCUAGGAUAACUUUCCAUAGCUGAAAGCAACUGAGUUCGGAAUCAUACUAGCGACAUUCGAAAUAGCUAAUUUAGUAACUUCACUGUUUUUGGGAGUCUACAUUGGAUCAUUUAAGAGGAAAAACCUCAUAAUCUACUCACUAUUUGUGCUGCUAGCAGGAACUCUUGCCUUUGUGACUCUCACUAAUUUGUAAACUGAUGACUAUCUGCUAUUCUUUUGGCUCAGCAUACUUUUCAGAGUUAUACAAGGGGCGUCUAGCUCAGCCAUCCAAAUUUGUGCCUACUCUUUUGCAACUAAUGAAAUGUCUGACGACAAAGAUCGAUAUAUCGGAUAUGUGGAGAUCGCAACAGGAUUAGGAGAUAUGGUAGGACCUGCUCUUGGAGGAUUUGUAUUUCAGUCAUCAGGAUUUGUGGGGACAUUCUUGGCCUUCAGUGCGAUAGUUUUCGUCGGAGCAAUCAUCUCAAUCAUUAAAAUACCUGCCAUGCUUAAUAAAAAGAGUACGAGUAUUAAUUUAUUAAGCAAUGUUGAAGAGACUUCAUCCAUAAACGAGAAUAAUGAUGAUAAAUCAGAGGGCAGUGUGAUCUCUGAUACAUAUCCCUAGGUACUUAUUUGUCUCUUGUCAGCUUGUUUUGCAGUCAUUUUCACUUUGUAUAUUGAUUGCAUUUUGGCUCUGCAUCUGCACAGUAUGUAUGGAGUAUAGCAUAAUUUGCUUGGAAUCUUUUUUCUUUUGGCUAGUAUUACGUAUGUGAUUGGAGCACCGUUAGGUUCAUAUCUUUCCACAAGAAUGCACAGAAGAUACGUCGUGUUCCUGGCUUUUGGGUGCAUGAUCAUUCAAAAUACCCUGCAAGGACCCAGUUAUAUUCUAGGCUUGCCUGAUUCCUUAAUACUAGUUGUGAUUGGUGUUUCCAUGAUUGGCUUUUGUUUAUCAUUGGCCUUGGUGCCUCUACUUUCAGAACUGAUUGAGACUCUUGAAGACAUGGAUAUCUAUGAGCCAUCGCAAAUUUGCGACAUGACUGCAAGUAUUUUUAACUCCAUGUUUAACCUUGGCAACUUAGUUGCUCCUUUGAUUGCCGGAGUGCUUAAUGACAACUACGGCUACAAGUUUACCACGGACUUCAUGCUGGUAAGCACUGUGAUCUACUGCAUUAUUUUCUACUUUACAAUGAUUUACAAACAAGAUUUGAAAAUUCACAGUGACUGA